AUGAUCUCCAUGUCAGCAUGUGUUAUGCUCUUGGCUGCAAUUUUAAGUGAGUAGCGUUUUCUAAAAUACCUUCUUUCAUUGGACAUUUGCUCAUUUUCUAUAAAUCAUAGAAAGCUUCCUCAUACCAAUUCAGCCCAUUGGAGUCCAUCUAACCCGGGACGGUCGACACAGGCUGGCAGUGGCUCUCCAAAACUGGCACCAAACUCAUCCGUUCACCUGCUUAAUGUUUGCAUCUUGAAAUAUGCAGAAGAUCGCAUGGAACUGCCAUGCGUUCCAUAGUUUCUCAGCAUUGAUGCUUGUGCAAACUAGGCAGUCAGUUAUUGAGCUGAAGUUCCCAAAUGAAAGACAUUAGAAAUAAUGUCGCACAGGUUUACAGGACUAUAAUGAAGUAAGGCUAAAUACAGAAACUUAUAAAAAACAAACAAAUCCAAAAGACACCACAAAGCUGGUUUGGAUGUGUUCAUUGGUCCACCUGUCUAUUUAACAUCUCCUCUUGUGCUAUUAUCUUCUCUGCAGAAGGAAGUGUUGGGCAGACAGUGGAACAAACUGAAGGUCUUGUGAUCAUCCCACAAGGAUCCAAACUCUCUCUCAAAUGCUCCUUUCAGUCAUCUUUCACGACUAACUACCCAUUCUGGUACAUUCAGCAUCCUGGCCAAGCUCCCAAGCUAUUCAUGAGAGAGUUUUCAAAAGAAUUCUCUGAUGAGGGGCAUCUUCGAGGCUUCAGUGCCACCCAUGAAAAGAACAAUAAGACCUUCAAUCUGGAGAAAGCAGCCAUCCAACUGAACGACUCUGCUGCCUAUUUCUGUGCCGUGAGUGACACAGUGAGGCUGGCCAAUAGAGAAGCAGAGCAAAAACUUGCAAAGAAGAAAGACAGAACAGAACACAGAACAGAGUAUUCAGGGAUCCAAGUUGCUCAUUUAGCUUGGAUGUAA